UUUCCUGAGUUACUUCCCCUUACAUCGAAAAUGGCGUCCUCCAUACGUCCACUCUUCAUGAAGAAAAAGGAACCAAGCUCGGAGAACGUUCGCUGUCAGAAGUGCCUGGAGAUCGGUCACUGGACGUAUCAGUGCACGGGCAAGAGAAAGUAUGUCCACCGGCCGUCACGCACCAAGGAAAUGAUCAAGCGAAUUAAGCAGGAAGAAGACAAACAGAAACUAGAGCUCUUAGCUAAGACUUCAACGAUCCAGGAAAAGAAAAAGAAGAAGAAGCAUGGUUCUGAUGGCGAGAGCUCCAGCUCUUCCUCCUCCUCUGACUCAGACACAGACUCAUCUUCAUCUUCGGACAGUGACAGCUCCUCCGACCUCAGCUCCACAUCCAACUCCGACAACAACAGCAGCAGUAGCAGUAGCAGCAAUUCUGACUCAUCGUCAUCAUCCUCAUCAGAUUCGUCUUCAUCAUCAUCAGAGUCGGACAGUGAGAGGAGGAAGAAGAGACGCAAGAAGAAACGUCAACGCCGGCGUGAAUAAUCUGUGAUACAAGGACUAGUACAGAGUAUUUUUCUACCGUGUGGAUGAUGAGUGCGUGAGAGGAACUGGCUCAGUUGGAGGAAAACAAAUCUAAAUUGUCCUUGAUCAGGGCUUGAGAUAAGUACUACAUAGCCCAAAGUGAGAAUAUAUUUUGAUAUGGACUUCACUGGGAAGGAUGGUUUUGAGAAGGCAAAUGCAAGAAAAAUACUGUGUAUGUUCAGGGACGUGUUACGUUGGCAGGGAUCUUGUUGGUAAGGAAGAAUAUCAUACAGGAAAAAGCUAAAAAAGUUUAGUGACGCAUCUCUCACUCUGGAUGGGAGGUCUUGUUUCGGAAAGAAGCUAUGUUUGGACUGCUGGACAAGGCUCGUAAGGCAAACAAAUAUGGUGAACAGAUUUGCAUUAAGACUGUUGAAAAAGGAAAAUAACACGGAUGCUGGCUGUUUGUGGAUAAGAUGGUUAUAGAGAGGCAGUCAUGACAACGUGUACUUUGGGAUAAUCGAUGUAGGACGUCAUGCAAGUGAAGGCUGAACUAAUUAUGUGAACUUGAACAUGACAAGAAAGUUAGAAGAUGGUGCUCAAAUGAAUUACGUUCUGGAAAUAUUGCAAGAAGAAAACAAAAACAUGGUGUGUACAGUAAUGAUGACUGACAGGUCUGUGAUGAAGACAAAUGAUGCAGGGGCAUUGAUUCUGACAGGAAUAGCAAUGAAAAGACGAGGACAGGCUAGUUUAAGGAUUUGAUUCAGUGGAGGCAAACAGGGCUGUCUGUUGAUCUUUCAGCAAUGGCUGUCACAAGGACAUGGCAGCUUUGAGGGACGUGGUGGUAAAAUUUGGAGACAGUUGGGACUAUUCUACAUUUUGUACAGUUUUUGAAUCUUGAGAUCACUGAAGGCUAUUAGCGAUGAUCUCGAUCACAAUGGUGCGUUAUUGUAAAUGUCAUAUAAUUGUGGUGAAACAGGUUAAUUGAAAUAAUUGUCAGAUGUGAGCUGAUGCUGAAAUUAUUGUGUUAUCAAAUGGCUUGGAAUUCACUAGCUCAGACACCCCAUGAGUAAUAUUGUAAACAAAAAUUGGAUAUUUUGAAAAUGGAUGGGGGAGGCUUUUUAUAAUAUUUUAUUUUAUUGUUUUGGAAGUAUUUUGAAAUGAUAAUGACAUAACUAUGUUUCAGAGGGAAAAGUCCAUGGGUUUGAACAUGAUUAUAUGGUAUAAUAAGUGACCCAUCAUUCAAUAUUCUGGGGACGGGGACCUGAGACAUUUUGUUUUUAAACUGACAAGACUGGAUUUGUAAUAAUUGGUUUAAAUAUGCUAGAUGUCAUGUCAAGAAAUGUGUG